CUUGAGUGGAGCGUCACGGAAAGUGCCGAAUUCGGCGGAGUUGCUAAAACGUGGAUGUUUUCUUGCGGUCUUUGCUUAUUUACGACGGUGACAUGUUAUGCAGGACUGAUCAAUAUUACGAGGCAGCAAUAGAGGCCUGCCGAUCGUGCAGUAUUCCCUGCAGUCUUAGUAAAAUUGUCUGCAAAAGGUUUGGAUGUGAAGAUUACAGAGAAUACGUAUCUACAUCGACACCAUUCCAAGCAGCCGUAUCAAAUGACCGGCGUGACAAUGCCAUUAUGUACGAAGGGCGCACUGAUCACGAGCCACAAUUGACUGCCGUGGAUGACUGGCCCGACAGUGACAUCGCGUAUGAGCACUGCAUGUGGUUACCAAUAACAGGCGCCGUGUUGCUUUUUAUCGUUCUCCUUGUAGCGCUUGUCAUGAUGAAAAAAGAAAAGUUCUGGUCUUCGAAGUCGAAAGACACUGAAUCAUUGCUCACAUCGACAUCAAACUUAUCCAGCGAAGACCCACCAAGUCCUAAAGAAAGUCGUUGGUUAGUAUCGAACAAGAAAACGUACCUUGAAAUACUGUCAUCAGACAGGUCAGACAUUGAAGACAGCAACCAACCAGGAACGAAAGAACCCGGAUACAGUGUUCAAACUGGUGAUGUUGUCGGAAAAGGGAGCCGAAGUUCAAGUGAGCUACUUUUACCAGACAUCAACUGGACCCUAAAAGCAGUGAUGAAGGAAGGGACACGGCUAGAUAAUGAUACUGAUGAUCCCAAAGGAUAUUAUGGCUCAGCGCCCAAAUUAUAAGUAUGAUCCUCAACAGAACACCGGCAAUAAAGAAAACAAGGGGCUACCAUACAAGUGUACGUUGGUCUAAAUAUCAUUUGGUAAAAAUACGUAGAAGAUAAGCGUGAAAUAUGUGAAUGAUACGAUCAUUUUGGUAUCUUUUUUCCAUGACUCCUGUAGGUGCACUUGCUAUCGCUAUACAUGAAAUUACGAGACUGCUCGAGUGCGUGGUCCGAAUCACCAGAUCGCACCAAUUGAUUUUCUCCGGUCUUAGAAAGCCCGAUACGGAAGAAAAUUUGUUUGGUGACGUGAAUGUUGCGAUAAUUAUUUUCAAAAUGUUGCCAUGUUUUUUUCAAGGGUUGUCAAAAAAGUUGACCUACAUUUUUAGGAAAUGUUACAAUUUAUUUUCAAAUUUCUUGAUACCUAUUUUGAAAUAUUGACAUAAGUUUUUGUAAUGUUGGCAUAUUUUUCCAAGGGUUGCAAUAUAUUUCAAAAUGUUGCAUUGUAUUUUCAAGUCUUACAUUUAUUCCGCUUAGGCGUGCCAUAGAAAUCAAAUUGCGAUGAACCUUUGGCCUACUUCAAAAACAUUUUAGCUCCACCCAAACGGUCAUGGUGAGACGAUCAGUACCGACAGUGAGGUAUCAAUUUCUAUUUUAAAACAUCUCAAAUUAAAUAACGAAUAAAGUGGUUUUAAAUGCUUUUGACUGCCUCCAUAUUUUGCACGAACCCAAGGGGGUGUGGUUGUCUAACCAUAACCGCUGAAUUAAAAAACGAGGCGCAUAGUGCAUUUACACUGUAAACUGCGGUUCAUUAUAAAUCGAGAUGUUUUAGAAUUCUCAACCCUAUCGUUUUGUGUAAUUUUAAGUAAUCCUUCUCUGAUUUCUCAUAUAUGAUCCAGUGUUCGCGAAACUCGGCAUUCCACCAUGGUUUCUGUUUACAAAAAUGAGUUAUUUUACGAAGAAUGAACAAUCCGAUGAGUAAAGGGCAAUAUAUCAUUCAUGUCGCAGUGACAGUCUUUGACGAACGUUUUUCCUUGCAAGCCUGCACGGCGUAUUUUGUAGAUAUAUACUGUAUUUAAAUCUAUAAUCCUAGAACCGAUGCAUUCACAAAUCCUGUCAUCGAUAUUUUCAAGCGUAUGAAGACUAAGUGAUAUUUUCAAUUGUUUGGUAGACUUUAUAGAAACAACAUUUACAUGACACUGUUUAUAACAUGAAUGCUUCCAUUGUUUGGUAGACUUUUGCAGGGUAAUACAUGUAUAUCGUUCAUGUCGCAGAGACAUUCUUUGACUAAUGUAUGUACGCUUUAUCCAGCAAGCCUGCGCGGCGUAUUUGUAGAUAUAUAUCAUAUUUAAAUAUAUUAUCCUAGAACCGAAGCAUUCACAAAUUCUUAAUUUGAUCAAUACUUUUAGACUAGAUAAAUGUAAAACAUGUGUACAACUUAUAAAACAAAGCAAUGCAUAAAACACAAGAACAAAACGUAGCACAUCAUUACAAUACAAUUAGUGUCUAAAAGGAGGAACACAAAGGUGACAACCCACCUAUAAAAGUGCCUCCUAAAAGAAAAGGCGAAGUUCCGCGAGAGUGACUAGAAUUUUGCCGGCGUCUCACUAUGGCAGAAGCUGACAAACGUACAGUAAUUGUCAGAGUCAACCAAACGCAGCAACGUCACAUCUCAGAAAAAGCACCAAGCAUGGGUUCGAAUCACAGAGGCAAUGAACGCACGGGCUAAAAUAGUACCAUGAUCAAACCGAUAUCUUUGAUAAAGUUCAAGAUCAUUGUAAGUAUCCAAUGGAUGCACUCUGUCUCCCGAAAUACACGUUCCCGCCUCAUAGCGCGCCGCCAAUGUCCAUUUGCGCAAGCAGCAUUAACGCAGCCAUCUCGAAGUAGCUUCCUUUACGAAAUGAUUAGAAUUCAUGUUCUAAAAGCCAACACACUUAGACUUAGGACACCCCGAUAGUUGUCUUACAUUUAAGGGUGGAUUUGAAUACGAUACUUUAGGUUAGCAGCUUGGAGAAUUCCACUUAGGUAUAGUACUUAACUUAGGUGCCUACUUAGGCACCAUACUUUGACUUUAAGUAGCUUAAUUGAUACGGGCCCCAGUAUUUAUCAAGCAGCUUAAGUUAGGUAUGCCUAAGCUCUGAGUACCAUGCUGAGCUAAGUACCAUACUUAAGUUGGAAUUCAUAAAUUGACUUAAGUACCUACAUAGCUAAGUAGUAUACUCAGGUAAGGUAUCGUACUUAACUCAGGUACCUACUUAGGCACCAUACUUUGACUUAAGUAGCGUGAUAAAUACGGGCCUUUGGGCAUACCUGAAAUGACAUCAAGUGGGGUCGAUUCAGAUCCAUUGAUAACAACCCUUUGAGACCUAUCAGUAAGAUAGGCUGAGAGCCAGUUUAACAAACGACCACAAAUACCAAAAUACUUAAUUUUGUGUUGCAAUAGAGAAUGAGGGACAUAUUUUCAAGUGUAUAAAGACCACGUGAUAUUUUCAAUUGUUUGGUAGACAUUAUGGAAACAAAAUUUACAUGACACUGUUUAUAACAUCAAUGUUGUCCAUUGUUUGGUAGACUUUAUGGAAACAACAUUUACAUUACACUGUUUAUAACAUCAAUGUUGUCCAUUGUUUGGUAGACUUUAUGGAAACAACAUUUACAUUACACUGUUUAUAACAUCAAUGUUGUCCAUUGUUUGGUAGACUUUAUGGAAACAACAUUUACAUGACACUGUUUAUAAUAUCCAUGUUUUCCAUUGUUAGUGGACUUUAUGCAAACAAUACUGACACCUUUUGAAAUGAUUGUAAAUAUUUCCUGAAAUAAUAUCAGUUAAUUUUUUCGAGCUUUUUAGUGUAUUUUCUAAUAAUUCCUAUUUCAUGAUCAGAUCUACGUUGGUCAGUUCCUGUUGGCCUGUAUUCGCCAGGGCCGACUUCGAUUGGAACCGCGCUGAUAUCAAUAUUCUCUUCGAUUCCAAGCCCGGGUAAACAUGCGCAGUACUUGAGAUAAGACGCCAUCAGGUCCAUAAGAAAACUAAAUCCACCACACUAUACCCUCCAUACCUUCAGGUGACGAAUCCAUCUCGACUUAGCUGAAAAAGGCAAUGAAGAAUCAUUAAGAUUCACACUCACUGCCGAUUCUAUAAAGAACGUCAGUGACCUGGUUAAAUCACUAUUAUAAUUGACGAGCUGCACUGAGCGUUGAACACCUUAAUAAGCCUGGUUUUACCUCUACUGUCAUCCAUUAUCAACUGACAUGAUGUAGUUUUACACAAGGGAGGUUAAUAGGUAUGUUUGAGUACUUUGAAUAAAGUCAUUGCGACAA